CUGCUGUCCGGAAGGGCUUGGGCACCGCCUGGGACACCGCCGGCCUGGUUUUGGUGUGUGUAAUUGAAGGUUCGUAAGGAAAGGCCUCCGCCUCAGCCGUCAUUCCCUUUCUUCCCAUGCCGGUGCCCAGCAGGCAUGUCAAUAUCGGGCGUUCUCAGAGCUGGGACGCCUCCGGGUGGUUCGAGGGCCCCUGGGAGAUGGCAGAGGCUCCGGGCCGGAGCAGAUCCCUGACGGACGGAGGUGGAGAGGGACCCUGGUACGAGCCGGCGCCCGACCUCUGCCGUGAGGCCUUCUACGGCUCGGGGGCCGGCAGGAAGAGCUCUGUCCCCGACUUCACCUUUUACGACAGCAGACAGGCCGUGAUGUCCACCCGCGGCACCCUGCUGCCACAGGAUUACUACGGCAACCUGUCUGGAGCCGCUCGGGGGCCCAGAGAGCCACACCACCCGCGGGACCCUGGACUCGGCCGGCCGCUGCCCGGCUACGGAGUGCUUGGCGGCAGGAUGACGUGGGAGCACGUGCAAGGCCGGGCCCCUGCCCUGCAGGACCCGGGGCCCCUGUACCGGGACGCUGGAGGUAGGACAGCCACUCCGGGGCAGCGGGCACAGAGCAGGGCCCCGUCGCCUGCGCGCUACGCCGUGGACCCGGCCGACGGCAGGUACGGGGUGGAGGCGGCGCCCUACGCCCCCGGCCAGGUCUACAAUGAUGUUGGCGACAGGCCUUUGGACCCCGCGCCCGCCAGGCAGGCGGCCCCCACGUGCCUGGUUGUGGACCCCACCGGGGCCGCUGCCUCCGAGGGAGGCCCAGGGCUGGCCCCCGCUGCUCUGAACCGAGGCUACGGACAGGAGAGCGUCCCCUCCAGGAUGGCUUAUGAGAAUUGUGAGGCCGACCUGUCCGCCUUCCAGGAGCCUGGUGACAGGAGGGGCGUGCGGCCCGAGUUCCUGGCCCUCCUCCGGGCUGAGGGGGUGGCAGAGGCCACCCUGGUGGCCCUGCUCCAGCAGGGUUUUGACUCCCCGGCCGUCCUGGCCACAAUGGAGGAGGCGGACAUCAAGUGUGUCGCACCCAACCUGGGCCAGGCCCGCGUCCUGAGCCGCCUGGCCGGCAGCUGCAGGACCGAGAUGCAGCUGCGGAGGCAGGGCCGGGCGGGCCCCCUGCCCCGGACACGCUCCAGCAGCUUCAGCCACCGAAGCGAGCCCCACGGCGACUUGUCCUGUCUGCAGCCACAGCCCAUGGGCCCCCUGCAGGCGGCACCGCCCCGAGCUGCAGACCGGGCCCGCCGCCCGUCCAGCGCACCCUCCCAGCACCUCCUGGAGGCAGCAGCCACCUACGCCGCUCCUGGCGUGGGCACCCAGGCCGCCCACCUCCCCUCCGGCUCCGGGUGCGGCUCUCCCACCCCCUGUGCCCUGACAGCGCGACUGGGCCCCACGUGCCCCCCGCAGGCCGGAGUGGCCUUGCCGAACCCGGGCCCCAGGACAGCCUACUCCACAGCCUCCACGGUGCCCAUGGAGCUGCUGAAGCGGGAGCGAAGCAUGGCCGCGUCCCCCCUGCCCAGCCCCCACGGCAGCCCCCAGCUGCUGCGCAAGCCCGGGGUCCCCGUGGAGCCGUCCACGCUGCCGCCAGCCGGCCAGAGCCUCCACGUGCCACACUCGCCCUACCAGAAGGUGGCCCGGCGGACGGGGGCCCCCAUCAUUGUGUCCACCAUGCUCACUCCGGACCCAAGCAUCCGCCCCCAGAUCAUGAACGGCCCCCUGCACCCCCGCCCCCUGGUGGCACUGCUGGACGGCAGAGACUGCACCGUGGAGAUGCCCAUCCUGAAGGACCUGGCCACUGUGGCCUUCUGUGACGCACAGUCCACGCAGGAGAUCCACGAGAAGGUUUUAAACGAAGCUGUCGGCGCCAUGAUGUACCACACCAUCACGCUGACCAGGGAGGACCUGGAGAAGUUCAAGGCCCUGAGAGUGAUCGUGCGCAUUGGCAGCGGCUUCGACAACGUCGACGUCAAGGCCGCCGGCGAGCUGGGGAUCGCCGUGUGCAACAUCCCGUCGGCCGCAGUGGAGGAGACGGCCGACUCCACCGUCUGCCACAUCCUCAACCUGUACCGGCGGACCACGUGGCUAUACCAGGCCCUGCGGGAAGGCACGCGGGUGCAGAGCGUCGAGCAGAUCCGGGAGGUUGCCUCAGGCGCAGCCCGCAUCCGCGGGGAGACCCUGGGCCUCAUCGGCUUCGGUCGCACAGGGCAGGCUGUCGCUGUUCGAGCCAAGGCCUUUGGAUUCAGCGUCAUCUUUUAUGACCCCUACUUGCAGGAUGGGACAGAGCGGUCCCUGGGCGUGCAGAGGGUCUACACCCUGCAGGACUUACUGUAUCAGAGCGACUGCGUCUCCCUGCACUGUAACCUCAACGAGCACAACCACCACCUCAUCAAUGACUUUACCAUAAAGCAGAUGAGGCAGGGUGCCUUCCUGGUGAACGCAGCCCGCGGCGGGCUGGUGGACGAGAAGGCCUUAGCCCAGGCUCUCAAGGAAGGCAGGAUACGAGGGGCGGCCCUCGACGUGCACGAAUCGGAGCCUUUCAGCUUUGCUCAGGGUCCCUUGAAAGAUGCACCGAAUCUCAUCUGUACACCCCACACAGCCUGGUAUAGUGAACAAGCCUCACUAGAGAUGAGAGAGGCCGCAGCCACCGAGAUCCGACGGGCAAUCACAGGUCGCAUCCCCGAAAGCUUAAGAAACUGCGUGAACAAAGAAUUCUUCGUCACGACAGCUCCCUGGUCGGUAAUGGACCAGCAAGCGAUUCAUCCGGAGCUCAACGGCGCCACAUACAGGUACCCGCCAGGCAUCGUGGGUGUGGCCCCGGGAGGACUUCCUGCCGCCAUGGAAGGGAUCAUCCCCGGAGGCAUCCCGGUGACUCACAACCUCCCCACGGUGGCUCACCCGUCCCAAGCUCCCUCUCCCAACCAGCCCACAAAACACGGGGACAAUCGAGAGCACCCCAACGAGCAAUAGCAGAGAAUGACAAAAGGUCAUCAUUCGGAUAAACCUGGGACCAAGAGACAGUGAAAACUAGAUGAACUAAGAGGAAAAGAGUUUGACAGUUUUUUAACUGAUUCUGGACAUAUGCAUCAUUGACGCUGCAGUGUGAAAGCUACAAAGGAGCUAGAAGCUGAGACGUGGGGAAACGAAAAACGCCGUCUGCUCACGGAAGCGUGGAAAGGCUGGGACGUGAUUUAUUAACGACCAACUUCUGUUAUUGUGUGUUAAGUUUUUUCAUCUGUGCAUCAAAUCACAAAGAAUAAAUAGAUCUUUUUCCUUUAUCAGUCCCUUGGGCACAGCAGGUCCUGAACACCUUGCUCUAGAAUGUUGCAUCGAGAGUUCCAAACAUCAAAAUAAAAACUAUUAAGAGGAAAUCCCCAUCCUGUGACUAGUCCCUUCGGUCCACGGGGGCUGGUUACCUCUUUUACUAAUAGGAAGAGUCAGUCGCUACAAAGCAGGGAGGAAACUGUUAGUCCAGAGCGGCCUCCCGUCUGAACUGCGCACUGAGCAGCCAAGUUGGUUGAGUGCAGUGAUACCGUAUCUCUGAUGAUGCAAAAAAAAAAAAAAAAAGUAUUAAGUUUCACAAGCUGUUUGUACUCAAAUAUAUUUUCUCAGUUCAGAUCCUCAGCUAUUUUAUUGAGUGGAAAGUCUUGAACUGAAAGCGUUCAAGAAGAAUAAUGUUGCAUUUCCUUAUGUCUCAGGAAAUACUUUUUAUGGUAACUUGUCAGAUUGUCUAUGAACAAACCCACUUUUUUAGACAUUGAUAAAAGUCUUCUUUUCUUCACGUGAUAUUUUAUACAAGAACACUUCAGGUGUGUUAUUAGAUGUGACUGAUUUUAACAAAUCCUAUUAGAUUUGUAUCAACUAGUUACAUGUUAUAUUCAUAGUCUUUUGUGAAUCAUCGCCUUUUUGUUUAAAAGAUGGCCUAUUUUGAGCCUUUGUAUAGGUACAUUCCUGUUUUUGUGACAAAAAAAAAAAAAAAAACCUUAAACUGUCCCAAACAGAAAAAUAAUGGCUAUCAGAAAUAUGUUUUGUUUUAGUGUGAGUUACCGUUACUGUAUUUGUUUAUUGUAAAGGUGGACAUUUAGCGUUCAGUGCAGUUUUCAAUAAAAAGUAAUAAAAAUUUGUUAAGUUCUGAAAUUCAA